AUGCAGAAUUGGUUUGCACAAUCUGCGCGACGUGAUAGCAGAUCCAGGAAGGGGUUUCCCAGGCGGCGAUCAUUGUACUCGAGAAGCUCUGGUGUACCUAUCUCGAUUCCGAAACAGCAACAUACGGAUUGGUCGGCCUUGGAUCCAUUACAGCGUUGGCAGAAUAGCCCGCCAGAGAACGAACCUGCGUCAAUAUCUGAUAUCCACCAUGCAGUGGCCUCGACUGACCUUGAUCAACACCUUCGAGUGGGCUCUACGAGCAGUAGCAGAGUCAGCACACCUGGUAUAGAAACAAGAGGCUUCGGCUAUGCAGCCAGACGAACAUCAAGGCCUGCCUCAAUCAGUAGUCUUGAAAGUGGUACUUCAAAUGGGUCCAUGGACUCGAUCCUGUCUGGUCGGUCGGCCAAUUCUCGCCUCUCAACAGGUUCAGACAACCGCAAGAAGUCUCGGAGCAAUACUCGAGUCACCAAAUCCCGAGCUCGACCAGGGCCCAGCAAUGACGACCGACCUUUCCAGUGCACCUUCUGCUGUGAUACGUUCAAGAACAAGUUUGACUGGUGCAGACACGAAAAAUCAUUGCACCUGAAUCCCGAACAAUGGGUAUGCACACCUGAAGGUGAAACGGUCACCUGCCCGACAACUGGUAACAUGCUUUGCGCAUAUUGUCUGAUACCUCAGCCAAGCACAGAGCACUUGGAAGUACACAAUCCUAGUGCAUGCGCGCAUAAGAACCUAGAGUCCAGAAGCUUCAAGCGUAAGGACCACCUCAUUCAACAUCUCAGACUGGUUCACAAGAUUGAGAACAUCCCCACGAUUGGCGAGUGGAAGCCUCCGGAGCUGUGCAUCAAGUCACGUUGCGGAUUUUGUAAUGCUGAGAUGGAGAGCUGGAAAGCUCGAGCCGAUCAUCUGAGCAAGCACUUCCGAGAAGGCAAGAAAAUGGUCGAAUGGAGGGGUACGCAUGGAUUUGAGCCACACGUUGCUCAGCAAGUUACAAAUUCGAUGCCGCCCUUCCUUAUAGGUGGUGAAGCGAAGACUCCAGUACCCUUCUCUGCCACCAAGUCUGGACACUCCGAACUUCUUGCACAGAUCACUUCAAGGGCUGCUUUGAAUGACGCAGCAAACAACAAUAUCGUGGCGGAUCCAUCGCCUUCUCCCGAGAACGCUCAGGGCGAAGGCAACCAACCAUUCAAGACAGCUUGGGAGCUAUUGACCUGGCAUCUUGGAAGAUACGCUCAGGAGCAGAUGAAGGCUGGGGUUGUGCCUACUGAUGAAAUGUUCCAGCAGGAAUCUCGCCGUCUGUGGUUUGACAGUGAUGACCCCUGGAAUCAAACGUUCGCGGAUGAUACUCAAUGGAUGGAGAUCUUUCGACAAGAGCAUGGUUUGCAUGACGGCAAUACUCCUGAAGCUUCGUAA